GCCUCGCGGACCCGCGCCGCGUCCCUGUCGCCCGCGCCCCGGGGGACCGCGGUGGAGACGCCCGCAGCCCGCCCGGCCCCUGCGUCCAGCCUCGGACCUCCGCCCGCAGCAGUCAGAGCAGAAGGAGACCGAGAAGGGAAACCUUCCUGGGUUACUAUGCACUUGCGACUGAUCCCUUGGUUUUUCAUCGUUCUGAACUUUAUGGAAUACAUCGGCAGCCAGAACGCCGCCCGGGGAAGGCGUCAGCGCAGAAUGCAUCCCAACGUCAGCCAAGGCUGCCAAGGAGGCUGUGCCACGUGUUCUGAUUACAAUGGGUGUCUGUCGUGCAAACCCCGACUAUUUUUUGUUCUGGAAAGAAUUGGCAUGAAGCAGAUAGGAGUGUGUCUCUCUUCAUGUCCAAGUGGAUAUUAUGGAACUCGAUAUCCAGAUAUAAAUAAGUGUACAAAAUGUAAAGCUGAUUGUGAUACCUGCUUCAACAAAAACUUCUGCACAAAGUGUAAAAGUGGAUUUUACUUGCACCUUGGGAAGUGCCUUGACAGUUGCCCUGAAGGGCUGGAAGCCAAUAACCACACCAUGGAAUGCAUCAGCAUUGUGCACUGCGAGGCCGGUGAAUGGAGUCCUUGGAGUCCAUGCACGAAGAAGGGAAAGACGUGUGGCUUCAAAAGAGGAACUGAAACUCGUGUCCGAGAAAUAAUUCAGCACCCUUCAGCAAAGGGGAACGUGUGCCCGCCUACAACUGAGACAAGAAAGUGUACAGUGCAGAGAAAGAAGUGUCCGAAGGGAGAACGAGGAAAAAAAGGAAGAGAAAGGAAACGAAAAAAACUGAAUAAAGAAGAAAGUAAAGAAGCAAUUCCUGACAACAAAGGUCUGGAACCCAGCAGUGACACCCCAGAACAACGAGAAAACAAAGACAAACAGCAGCAGAAGAAGAGAAAAGUCCAAGAGAAACCACAGAAAUCGGUAUCGGUCAGCACUGUGCCCUAAAGGGUCCCGUGAGAUUAGUGUAGACUCUGAUGCUGCUGUCCCAACCAGAUGCCCAGGAAAGGCGCCAUAGCCACUGGGACCACAGAUGGACAACAUAUCAGUUACUCCUCUGUCUAGACAACAUUCCGAGUAGUUGUAUAUCCUUCAUACAGGCAUAGCUAACAACAGACAGCCGAAAGUUCAAAGAAGGGAUACUUUCCCAUGGUUAUCUUACAUGCUUCUGUGCAUUUGUAGAAGACAAGAAAUUUUGUACAUAAUUAUCAAUAAGCUAUAAGCUAUCAUCUGCAUAAUGAUGACAUCUGGAGAAGAAAUGUCUUUUCCCUAUAUUUUUCCAGCUAUUGUUUUAAGAAGCAAAAGAUUAAUUCUGCAAAUUCAAAGACGCAGUGUCCCUUCAAAACAAAUAAGAGAUCGAGGAGAGAGACAUCCUGCCAAGGACAGUGUGGUUUUGUCCGGGAGAUCUAGAGAGCUCACAAUUAGGUCCUGGCAUUGGAAUGAUAGAAUUUAUCACGCAGGAGCAACUUCAUCCUAGAAGUGCUAAGAUUACUCUAUUGCUCUCAUCCUGUGCUCCUGCAAGAAACGCAAGCGUGCACACCAGGGUUAAAUAUUCUGUGUGGGAUUGGAGGAAGGCAGAAUGUGGAAGAAAUCAUAGAGUUGGAGAUUCCUUUUGGGCUUUACAAAACUGUGAAGGGUCACGAGCACCUGGAACAGGUCUCCAGUCUAUGGCAGCACUGCUGGGUCAGCCUCGCUGCCCCGUGGAUUGCAUGGGUCUAUCAACGUGUGCCUGUAACUUUCUUCCAAAAACAGAACCACACUUAUUAGGAGGAAAUUCUGAUUUCAUAGAAAACAAAAAAAAAAUAGAGCAAGGAGAGUAUACCAUGUUUGCAAAGUCAUGUGUUCCCUUUCUCUCUCAAUGAGGGAAAAACAGUUUUAUUACCGGCUUACUGGUCCACCUGAACUGAAAGGAAUACUACUUUCUAACAUGGUGUGUCCAGUAAAGGAGAAAACCACCACAAUAAAUAUAUUUGUUAAUAGUUUUUGAA